AAGCACUAUAGUUCAAAACAGAGUCGAUUUUUGUAUGGUUUGUCAGGAAAAUAAGUGAUUAUGAGUAAUAUUUAUAUUCAGGAACCCCCUACAAAUGGCAAGGUUUUACUGAUAACAAGUGUUGGAGACAUUGACAUUGAAUUAUGGAGUAAAGAAGCACCAAAAGCUUGUAGGAAUUUCAUUCAACUUUGUGGUGAUCCAACWGGAACUGGCUAUGGUGGUGAGUCCAUUUAUGGCAAAAAAUUCAAGGAUGAGUUCCACCAGAGAYUAAAGUUCAAUAGGCGUGGCCUGGUUGCUAUGGCAAACUCGGGACCCAAUGAUAAUGGAAGUCARUUUUUCUUCACGUUAGAUAGAACUGAUGAACUGAAUGGGAAACAUACCAUAUUUGGGAAGAUAACAGGGAAUACUAUAUUCAACAUGUURAAGAUGGCUGAUCUGGAAGUUGAUGACAAUGACCAUCCAUAUUACCCACCAAAAAUAAAGAGGACUGAGGUCUUAUCAAACCCCUUUGAUGAUAUUGAGCCAAGAAAUUUAAAACACAAGAAAGAAGAAACGACAGCUGUGAAGAAACCAAAAGUCAAAGGCACAAAGAAUUUUAGCUUGUUAUCAUUUGGCGAAGAAGCAGAAGAAGACGAAGAAGAAGUAAAAACCGUUAGUAAGGGUCUUAAGAUGAAGAGCAGCCAUGAUAUCCUUGAUGAUCCCACGUUGAGCAAGGARUCGUUGCAAACAGAGCAGCAACCAUUGAAAGAUCCAGCAAAAAUAACUGACGAUGUACGACAAAAGUUAAAAAAACGUCCAGUAGAUGAUGAGGAAGAGGACGAUGAAGACAGUGAUGAAGAAGUGAAAAAUAAUUCGAAAAAAAGCGAGCAACUACGAGAAGAGUCCAAAAAACUUUUAAAAGAAAUAAAAGAAUCCAGGAARAAGCCACGUAAAUCAAGCGAAUCAAAGGAUGAAAAACAGAAGGCAAAAGAUCACUUAUCAGAAGUUGUAGCUGAAUUUCGCGCUGAAAGGGAAGAUUUCAUGGCAAAGAAUAGAGGCUCCAUUAAAGCGAAGGGUGAUGGACGUAGCGAACAAACGUUUUCUUUGCUAGCUGAUUUCCAGGCAAAACUUGAUGAUGAGGGAGKGGAGGGUGAAGAKGAAAGUGACAACAYUGAAGCUGAUGAUGAUAUUGGAUGGAUGUCGCACGCUCUCAAAUGCGAUGGUCCAGGACAAAAAGUMAAAGAUGCUAACGUACAAGAUGAAGACACUUAUGAGAUAUUCGACCCUCGUAAUCCGAUUAACAAAAGACGGCGCGAGGCAAGUAAAGAGACGAGUAAGGCCAGGAAAAGACGAUAACAUUAAAUUAAUAACUUGUAAAUAUUUAUUGAUAAUAAAAGGAAUAAUGCUUCA